AUAUAAAUACAAACCUCAUUCCCAUUAUUUGGUGUGUACUCUUAUCCCUUCUUAAAAAAUGAGAAUGUCAUUGAAUACCUUAGCAUUUGUGAUGCUUCUCUUAUUCACAAUAACUGCUGACCAAUGUUUGAGCUGCAUUGAACAAGAGAACCAGGCUCUUCUCAACUUCAAAAAAAGCAUUCGCAGCUACUUUGAUGAUGAUCCAUCAUCACCACCUAUAUUUUCCUCAUGGGAAGGCCAUGAAUGUUGCCAGUGGAAAUGCAUAGCUUGCAACAAUGUUACUGGACAUGUUGUCAAGAUUGAACUCAGCAGUGGUUGUGCAUCAAGCCUUUUAUCAUGGGAAGACACUGCUAUUAUAGAACCAAACUAUGAUGACUUUUACCCUGAUUUGUUUGUUGAACACUUGAAUUCAUCUCUGUUACACUUAAAACACUUGAUCCAUUUGGAUUUGAGUGGAGUUUCACUUUAUUCGAGUCCGGCCAAGUUCCUUGGUUCUAUGCAACAACUUAGAUAUCUUUCUCUGUGGACUGAGUUUGAAGGCAUGAUUCCCAGCAGUAUUGGAAACCUCACCAAUUUGCGUGUUCUUCGCAUCAGUAACUUCUAUGAGACUUAUUCUGAUGAUCUUAGUUGGGUUGCUCAACUUUCAUCAUUACAAUACCUUGGCUUCUUUGGUGUUAAUCUUUCCAUGGCACACAAUUUGUUUCAGGUACUUAACAUGCUUCCUUCUUUGUCUCAGAUACACCUAGUUGAUUGUGGGCUUGGAAACAUGCCAAUUCCUCUUCAUCCAAUUAACCUCAUGAACCUUACAAAUGUUCAAGUUCUCAAUCUUGAAAGUAAUAAUCUCAAAGAUCCAGUUCUUGAUGCUUUCAGAAACCUGACCUCAAUUAGAUUUUUUCACAUUUCACAAAACAGCUUAACUUCACUGCCACAGUGGUUUGAUAAGCUUAACAAACUUGUUGGUCUGUACCUUGCUGGCAAUCAAUUUUCUGGUCAGUUUCUUCUUAAUCAUCAAAACAUGACCUUCACGCCCUUCAUUAGAGAAUUUGACCUUAGUAAUACCAAUCUAUAUUCUGUACCUUCAUGGUUAAGUAAAUGCAAGAGCCUUGUGAAGUUAGGCCUUGCAUAUACUUCCCUUCACGGAUCAAUUCCGUAUGCUCUAAGAAAUUUGACAUCCCUCACAGUUCUUAACCUCUAUGGCAACAAACUCACUUCAGUUCCAAUUUGGUUAGGUGAGUUAAAGAGUCUUAUCCAUCUCAAUCUUCAGAGAAAUGAUAUCACUAGUGUAGAGGAGGGUUCUCUGGCAUCAAUUUUGGGAAAUAUGUGUCAUUUAAAAGAAUUUUAUUUGUCUGGACACAAGCUUCAAGGAGAGGUAUUUCCCAGUAGUUCAAAUAUAUCUGGCUGCAACAACUAUGAUUUAGAGGAGUUAGAUUUGAGUAAUAACAACUUCAGUGACAAGUUACCAAGUUGGUUGGGGAAAUUUAAAAAUUUAAAUUACCUUGAUCUCAGCUCAAAUUCAUUUUCUGGCCCCAUUCUACAUAGUCUUGGAGAACUGGUGAAUCUCACAUGCUUGGACCUUUCUUCUAACUUAUUUAAUGGUGUCAUUCCUUGGAGUAUUGGGAAGCUUGAAAACCUAGGCACAUUAGAUCUUUCAUCCAACUUGUUUACUGGUGUCAUUCCUUGGAGUAUUGGGGAGCUUGAAAACCUAUGCACACUAGAUCUUUCAUCCAACUUGUUUACUGGUGUCAUUCCUUUGAGUCUUGGAAAGCUUGAAAAUGCAGCAUUUAUGAGCCUUGCUAGUAACCAUUUAUAUGGGAACAUUCCAGAUAGUCUUGGACAUCUCAAAAAUCUGAAUACCCUUAAUCUUUCUUCUAACUCUUUGGAAGGAACAAUUAGCCAUUUAGAAAGAUGGACUGCAGCAAAGAGGCUUCAGACCUUGUGUCUCUCCAAUAACCGAAUCAGUGGAUCCUUUCCAGAAAACCUUGAUGAGAUAAUCCCUGAGUUGAAGUACCUGGCACUUGACAAUAACCAUAUAAAUGGUUCAUUACCAAAUUCAUUGUGCAAACUCAAAGCAGUGGUGACUAUUGAUAUUUCCAACAACAAAUUAUCAGGUAGAAUUCCGGACUGCCGGAGGGAUGCACUUAUAGAAGAAUUUGAUUUGUCAUCAAACAACUUAUCAGGUGUUAUUCCAAACUCUAUCUUGAACAUGACAUCAUUGGUGUGGCUACAUUUGAACAACAAUAGUCUUCAUGGAGAACUUCCACUGUACAUAAGCGUGGAAAAGUUGUUGAUUUUGGAUCUUGGUGAUAAUCAAUUAUCCGGUGCCUUACCUUCAUGGAAGAAUGACGCAAUUCCUGAGCUGCAAAUUCUUAGAUUGCGGGGAAACAUGUUCAAUGGUACCGUCCCUUCAAACUUGUGCCAAUUUGCUAAAUUGCAAAUAUUGGACCUUGCUAACAACAGUUUAAAAGGUCCAAUACCUCAUUGCAUUGGCAAUAUCACAGGAAUGGCUUUAGUAACAAAAAUCCUGUCAAACGGGACGCAAGUCAAUGCCACCAAGCAAUGGAAUCAAGAGGAUGUCAAGCAAGUCAUCAAGGGAAGAGAGCUUGAUUACACUAAAAAUUUGGUUCUUCUAACCAAUUUGGACUUGUCAAACAACAGAUUGGACGGACCAAUUCCUAAAGAACUAUCUUCACUUUCAGGAUUACUUGGACUGAAUUUGUCUUAUAAUAAUCUGUCUGGAGAGAUACCUGCAAUGAUAGGAGAUAUGAGGUCCCUAGAAUCUCUUGAUUUCUCUCAUAACCACUUCUUUGGUGCUAUUCCAAGUAGCAUGUCCAGUUUAACUUUUCUUAGCCACUUGAACUUGUCAAACAACAACUUUUCAGGUCCAAUUCCAAGUGGUAACCAGUUCCAGGUUCUUGAUGAUCCACUUAUUUACUCUGGCAAUCCAUUUCUCUGUGGAGUUCCACUUAAAACAAUCUGCCCUGGUGAUGUUUCUCAUCAAGAUUCUCAUGACGAAGGCUAUGAUGAUGAAGCCGGAGAAAAUGACAAGUCAGGUAAAAUAUUGUUUUACUUUGUCAUAGCCGUCGGCUUUGCAACUGGCUUCUGGGGAAUUAUUGGUGUUUUGUAUUUCAAGAAUAAUUGGAGGUAUGCUUGCUUUGGAUAUGUGGAUGAGGUAGCAGACAGAAUUUAUGUUGCAAUUGUGUUGAAAGUAGCAAAGCUGAAGAACAGAUUGCAGUAAAAAUGUCUUUUAUUAGCAAUACUUUUGUAUUUAGCUUUGGUUGCUGGUUAUACUUUGGGUUUUUUCUUUGGUUGUUGCAUUUGUAUCCACUUCAGACACCUUUCUUUUGGUUAUCUCUUUAUAUACCGAAGGAAACAGGUCAAGUCAGUCCAGGCUUUGCU